AUGGCUGAAAACGGCAACGGGGAUGCCCUCCACCGCAACCAACCUUCCACCUCUAAGGGUGGCUGGCACGCCGCCAUCUUCAUCAUGUGUGUGGAGUUCACAGAUAGGUUCGCGUACUAUGGUUUGACGGGGAAUUUGAUUCAGUACCUGACGAGAGUUCUUCAAGAGCCCAAUGCCACGGCGUCCAAAAACGUCAACACUUUCAUCGGCGUUUCGGCUCUGUUCCCUCUGCUCGGUGGCUUCAUCGCCGACUCAUAUCUCGGUCGUUUCAACACCAUCGUCGCCUCCUCCGUCAUCUACCUCCUGGGCAUGAUAUGGUUGACCCUGUCAGCCUCAGUACUGAAGAAUAAUUCGACUUUAUUUUUCGUUGGCCUUUAUAUACUGUCCAUCGGAGACGGUGGCCACAAGCCGUGUGUGCAGACUUUCGCCGCAAAUCAGUUCGACGAUAACUCGCCGGAAGAAAAAAUUGCCAAGAGCUCAUUCUUCAACUUUUGGUAUCUGGGAUUAGUGGCUGGAGGUUUAGCUUCUUGCCUUGUAAUAUAUAUUGAGGAAGAUGUUGGAUGGGCCGCGGGCCUUUGCGUUGUGACUGGAGCGGUGGGGUUAGCAUUAGUAUUGUUCUUGGUGGGAAUAAGACGGUACCGGAAAGAAGGGCCAACGGGCAGCCCAUUCACAAGCAUGGCCCAAGUUUUUGUGGCUGCAAUUCGAAAGAGGCGCGUGGGAACGACGCGUGAUCCUCACAUUUAUUGGUUUGGAGCGGACGAGAAUCAUAACACAUCCCAUCUCCCAACUCAACCAAAGCCCCCUUCUUUAGCUCAUGCUCAUCAAUUCAGUUUUUUGGACAGGGCAAUGAUCAUUGAUGACUUGGAUGCCUCAAGCAACACUAGAAACCCUUGGAGAUUAUGCACUGUGAGUCAAGUUCAAGAAGUAAAGCUAGUUCUUCGCCUAGUCCCUGUAUGGCUGAGUUGUUUAAUGUUCUUUGUUGUGCAAGCGCAACUCUAUACAUUCAUAGUCAAGCAAGGUGAGACAAUGGUUCGUUCCAUCGGACCACACUUUAAUAUUCCUCCUGCGUCACUUCAAAGCAUCGUCUCUGUCGUCAUCCUCAUCACAGUACCCAUCUACGAUAGAGUGUUCGUACCCUUUGCUCGAAAACUCACAGGACAUCCAUCUGGUAUCACAGUGUUACAGAGAAUUGGAUUAGGUUUGUUCGUGUCUAUAAUCAACAUGAUUGUUGCAGCUUUACUAGAAUCCAAAAGGGUUGGUGUUGCUAGAGAGAAUAAUCUUCUUGACAAUCCCAAAGCAACAUUACCAAUGAGCAUAUGGUGGAUGCUUCCUCAGUAUUCUAUCUUUGGCAUUUCUAAUGCACUAGCCAUUGUAGGUUUCCAACAAUUGUUCUAUGAUGAAGUGGCAGCGACGAUGAAAAGUCUUGGAGCUGCAGCAUAUAUAAGCUUGUUUGGAUUUGGAACCCUAGCUAGUAAUGUUGUUAUAACUGUUGUUCAAGAUAUUAGCUCAAAAGCUGGUGAGAAAUGGCUCGCAGGGAGCAACUUGAAUAGGGCACACCUUGACUCUUUUUAUUGGGUUUUGGCUGGUUUGAGUGCUGUGAAUUUCUGUAUUUAUAUUCUAGUUGCCAAAAAUUUUGUGUACAAAAAAGAGAUUAAUGUGAUUGAUUCUAGCAUCAAUAACAAUCAUAAUCAAGUGUAG